AUAAGCCAUCAAAAAUUAGACACUAAUGUAUAACCCUGAUCCCGCUCCUUUUGAACCGCACACGCGUUGAAGCGGUCACGUGUUAUCAGACGAACAAAACAUCGCGCGUCAUUGGUCACGUGCUUUCAGCAAAAACGAAUCAAGUCGAUAACCUUUUUCAUUUGGAUAUUUUUUAUACAAUAUUUACAUCGGAUGUGACUCCAUCGCUGCAUAUAACUCACCAGAGAUUUAAAAAGCGAAGCUAGCUGUCAACUGAUCAAAGCGAGUGCUGAAAUGUUAGUUCGCGCCUCCUCCAUCGUCACACAUUUACAAGUCAGCUGACCAAAAAUCCAGAGCAUCUGACGGCAGGUACAGAAAAUGAGGGACCCAGAGCCUUGAACUUCACACAGACUCGUUAUUGCUGUCCCUGCGGCGAGGAGGAAGCCGGAGAGGACACAAUAUGCUGAGCUGGAUUAAAGGGAAUAUACAUUUUUAGCUGGCCGGGGGUUCAGAGUGUCGCCUUCAUCAUGCAGGACUCCUCCGAAGCUUCUCUGCCCGUAAUCAGGCGCUUGAGUUACUCAGUUGGGCAUUUUCUCAACGACCUGUGCGCCUCUAUGUGGUUUACAUACCUGCUGGUGUUUUACCACUCAGUGCUCGGCUUUGAGAACACAUACGCGGGUGUGCUACUACUAGUGGGGCAGAUAGCAGACGGGGUUUGUACACCGCUCAUCGGCUACGAGUCUGACCGGACGCCCGGCUGCGGCUCCUACGGAAAGAGGAAGACAUGGCAUCUAGUCGGGACCAUCAGCGUGCUCCUAUCAUUCCCCUUCAUAUUUAACCAGUGCCUGGGCUGUGAUCUGAACACUCCACAGUGGGUCAGUGUCACCUAUUUCGCCCCCUUCAUCAUCAUCUUCCAGUUUGGAUGGGCGGCCACCCAGAUUUCCCAUCUGUCCCUCAUUCCUGAGCUGGUGUCGUGUGAGCAUGAGAAAGUGGAGCUCACUGCAUACAGGUAUGCCUUUACAGUGAUAGCCAACAUCACAGUGUAUGCAGUGGCAUGGCUGCUGUUUCAUUUCCAAGAGGGAGAUGAUCCUGCUGUUAUGGAUAACCUCGGUCCGGUUGACAUCCCUGUUUUCAGAAAUCUGAGUCUUAUCGUAGUGGGAAUCGGAGCUGUGUUCACCUUCCUGUUUCACUUGGGCACGCGGGAGAAGGGUCGUCCCUUUCAGGAGGAGGAUGGGUCCAGUCCUGGGGAGAGGCAGCCACUUAUUAACAACACCACUGUGGCUCCUCCAGCCAAUCUACUGCACUGGAAUAACUGGCUCACACAGCCCUCAUUCUACCAAGUUGCACUGCUUUAUAUGUCCACCAGACUGAUAGUAAACCUGUCACAAACAUACAUCUCCAUGUAUCUCACCUACACACUACUGCUGCCAAAGAAUUACAUAGCCACUAUUCCUCUGGUCAUGUUUCUGAGUGGCUUUGCUUCCUCUUUUAUAAUGAAGCCUGUCAGCAAGCUGAUAGGCAAAUGUAUGACCUAUUUUCUGGGUCUGCUGCUGAUUCUGGCGUUCUCCUAUUGGGUGCUGCUGGACACACACAUGGGAGAUAAGGUGUAUGGGGCAGCGGUGCUGCUUGGAGUGGGCUCUGCGACCAUCCUGGUCAUGUCUCUUGCCAUGACGGCUGAACUCAUAGGAGACCAGACACAUAGCGGGGCUUUUGUUUAUGGUGCGAUGAGCUUCACAGACAAAGUGGCCAAUGGUCUGGGAGUGAUGAUCAUUCAGACGCUUCACCCUUGUCGCACAAUGGUCUGCUGUCCAGCCUGUGUGUGGUAUUACCACUAUGUCAUGGUCAUCGUCAGCGGUGGAGUGGCCGUUUUAGCAGCGCUGAGCCUCUGCACGAUCCUUAUCUGGCCUAUAAAGAUUGUGCGCUUAUCUAAGCGAGGUCAUAUGAACGGUUCAAUAAACGGCAAUGGCUCAAAGGAUCUUCCAGAAGUGGCUGGACUGAUGGAAAGUGAUGAGGAUUCAGAGAGCUCCGAACAGCCUUCAGUCAACUGAACACACAGCAGAAACUCUUCAGAUCCCAUGCAGAGACACUUUGGUUGACAUUUCCAUCCCAGUGGUGAAGGUUAGAUCAGGAUAAUCUUUCACACAGGCAAAUGUAUGCCAGUAAAGUCAUAGAGCACUUAUAUCUUCACAUAUAAGGGAAUUUCAAGGUUCAUCUUGUGUUCACUGAGAGCCAAAGAUGUGCUCAGAUUAUCUAGUUUAAAAUAGUUUUUGUUAUUGCAUUUAUGUGUUUUCACUAAACCCAGCAGUCUUAUAGACACGCUUCAUAAAGGGACUAACAUUAUUAUAUUGUUGGUAUUUUUAUUAUUUGUCAAUUGUUUUUAUUUAUGAUUAUAUGUUGAGUUCAAAUAUUUAAAUCAUGACAUUAAGGGAAUUUAUUUACAGAAAGCACUUACUGUAUCAUAAAGGACUGCAAAACUACAGAGGUUUUAAUGGAAUUGUCAAUGCAAAGUGCAUGUUUUCAUUUCAGGAGAUGGUUGAAAUAAACACAUCUAAGGGAAUUCUUUGAAGACAAAAAGGGAAGAUUAUGUUUUAAAUCAAGGACAUAAGGCCAUGUGUUGUCAUUUCAAGAUUUAUAUUAAGGGAGUGAGAUUUGAACACAACAGAAAAUAUUUUGAAACAAAUGUUGGGAUCUGAACAUUUAUUGGUUACCACUGACAAAACAAAAUACAAAAGUCAAUGGUGUUCAUCAACUGGAAGUGGAAGUCAAUGGUGACCAAUCAUUCUGGAAAUGAGCUACUCUUUAUAUUUUUCCAAAAUGAUGUGCAAUUUUUUUCAGGAACCACUAGCUUUUUUUCUUCAUAUAUACAUAAUUGUUUUCAUAUGAAAGACGUGUCUGACAUGUUUUCUGUUCAUAUCAUUUUCUGAACAGAACAAAUGUUCUUUAUGAACGGAUAUUUCUGUAUCUUGAUUUGAUACAUUGUAACUAGUUACUGAUUAGCGUGAAUGCAGUGUCAGAGUGAGCAGUUGCAUCUGGUCACCUGAUCUUGCAUGAUGCUUAAGGCUUUUAAAACGCACAUCAUAAAAGCUGUUCCGCAUAUAAAUAAACUUAAAUACACGCUAUUUAUUGUGGAAUCAGUCAAAUCAAAUCAGAAUGUUUGUAAAAACAAAGAAUUGUAUUAUAUAAUAUAUUUCAAGUCUUGUUCAAAGCAGCUUUUUAAAUAAAAGUGUUUUUUUUAAUUGUA